AUGGAUUCCCAGAUGCUUGUGGCGCUUGGACUAUCUCUUGUGGGUGGAUUAAGUACUUCUUUAGGUGCACUUUUCGUAGUUCUUAGUGAUACUCCCAAUAUGAAGAUGCUUGGACUUCUGCAGGGUUUUGCAGCAGGUCUGAUGUUGAGCAUAUCGUUCCUGGAUUUGGCUCAUAAUGCUAUAAACUCUAUCGGGUUCUUAAAAGGCAACCUCUGGUUUUUUGGUGGUGUGAUAUUCUUUGCGUGUAUUGCCAAAUUCAUACCCGAACCAACACUUGGUCCUUCUACUGACGUAAAAAGAAGAAAGAAAAAUGUAGACGAUGGAGGUAAGGACAUGGGGAAGAAGCAUCGCCGGCAAGUCUUAUAUAGUGGAAUUGUUACAGCUAUUGGCAUAAGCUUGCACAAUUUCCCAGAAGGGAUGGCCGUAUUUCUCGGAUCAAUUAAGGGCAUGCGCGUUGGUGUUAAUCUGGCUUUGGCAAUCGCUUUACACAACAUUCCUGAGGGUGUUGCGGUUGCACUUCCUAUUUAUUUUGCUACAGAGAGCAAAUGGCAGGCAUUCAAAUUGGCAACACUCUCUGGUUUAGCUGAGCCUCUAGGUGUAAUUAUCGUGGCCUAUCUAUUCCCGAGCAGCUUAAGUCCAGAAAUCCUUGAAGGCUUGUUGGGAGCAGUUGGUGGCAUCAUGGCUUUCCUAACGUUGCAUGAAAUGCUUCCUUUGGCAUUUGAUUAUGCUGGACAGAAACAAGCAGUGAAGGCUGUGUUUGUUGGCAUGGCCUGUAUGUCUGCAAGUCUUUACUUUCUGGAGCUGAGUUUGCCUGAGACAAUGAGCCUGUAA